AUGUAGACGGCGCUAGUAAAGAUAGCGCGUGCGCAGCUACAAAAUCUAUAUUAAAAUGGAGGAUAAGAAUCAGGUCGUGGAGCGAGAGGCUAAGAAAGAUGAAAUUCAUGAAAAAGAUGGGCAUUCCAAAAGUUCCAAGAAAAGGAACCGUAAGAAAAAGAAACAGCCAGUACAUUCCACGAGUGAAAAUCACAAUAAUGCAGGACACAGUGAAGAAAAAAAUCUUCACAGUGCUUGCAAUAUCUCGAUAAAGGAAAUACAAAUGGCUAUGGAAGUAUUUAAUAUGCAACAGAAGCCUGCCAAAACUCAAGAAGAAGCAAUGCAAAAGCCUUAUCAAUUUUGGAGUACGCAACCAGUACCUAAAAUGGAUGAAAAAAUUGUGUGCAAUGAACCGAUCGAACCUGACAAAACUUCUAUAAGGGCAGAACCUUAUUCGUUGCCAGAAGGUUUUCAAUGGGAUACUUUAAACCUUGACGAUCCUUUGGUAUUAGCAGAAUUAUAUUCUCUGCUAUCAGAAAAUUAUGUAGAAGAUGACGACGCGAUGUUUAGAUUUGAUUAUCCACCUAUAUUUUUGAAAUGGGCAUUACAACCACCAGGAUGGUGUAAAGAAUGGCAUUGCGGUGUUAGAGUCAGCAAAAGCGGACGUCUAGUCGGUUUCAUUUCCGCUAUUCCAGCUACUCUACGCAUUUAUAACCAUACAAAAAAGAUGGUGGAAAUAAAUUUCUUGUGCGUACAUAAGAAAUUAAGAUCUAAAAGAGUUGCUCCUGUUUUGAUACGAGAAAUUACAAGGAGAGUAAAUCUACAAGGAAUAUUUCAGGCUGUGUAUACUGCUGGAGUUGUAUUACCAAAACCAGUUGCAACUUGCAGAUAUUGGCAUCGAUCACUUAAUCCAAAGAAGCUUAUCGAAAUUAAAUUUUCUCACCUGUCGCGUAACAUGACUAUGCAAAGAACUUUAAAACUGUAUAAACUGCCAGAGAACACCAAGGUACCUGGAUUUAGAAAACUCGUUUAUACAGAUAUUCCACAAGCUCACAAAAUUUUAAGCGAUUACUUAGAAAAAUUUGAUCUGGCACCGAUUUUUACAAUCGAGGAAUUUCAACAUUGGUUCCUUCCACAAAAUGGUAUGAUCAAUACUUUUGUAGUCGAAAAUGAUGGUAAAAUCACGGAUAUGGUUAGCUACUAUACAUUGCCAAGUUCAAUAAUGCAUCAUCAAGCACAUAAGACCUUAAAAGCUGCAUAUAGUUUUUACAAUGUCUCCACCGUUACCCCUUGGCUCGAGCUUAUGACCGAUGCUCUUAUAUCGGCCCGUAACUUGGGUUUCGACGUAUUUAAUGCUCUGGACUUAAUGGAUAAUAAGGAGUUCUUGGAACCUUUGAAAUUUGGUAUUGGCGACGGUAAUCUCCAAUAUUAUUUAUACAAUUGGCGUUGUCCAAGUAUGACGCCUGGAAAAAUUGGUUUGGUGCUCCAGUAGACUUCUAGAUCAACGUGUUGUUGACUAGAAUAUAAAACGAUUGUAAGCUUGCGUGAGUGAAAGAAAAGAAUGCAAGAGUGUGAGUGACGAGAAAGAAACAUGGCAAUAUGAGAUACACACGUAAGAAUAUAAACGACGAAAAAGAAAAAAAAAAAAAAAGAAAAAAGAGGAGGAGUGCGGAGCCUCUAAUAUUUCCGCGAUUACAAAGGAUAAAAAAAAAAAGGCGAGCAAACGAACGUUAAAUAACAGCGGAAGAAGAGGGAGGGUUGAAUAAUUACGUGUGAAAAAUCUUUCGGGACUGUGAGUCGAUCUCUCAGUACUUUCGGAUAUCAUUCUUUCCUACGUCCUUGAUACUCGACAGGACGAGACAGGGGCAGGGUCAAGAUCGGUACGGUGUAGAGAAAAUGUUGCAUGCGCCAACGCGAGUGUAUAUACGUAUAUGUGCGUGAUUCGAGCAAUGUAGAUAAGUAUCGUAACUUUAGUAACUUGACCGACCCACGCAAAGGGUGAGAACAUAAACAACUAGGAUGCGAUCUAACUUCUUCGAGAGAACUAUGUUUCCUUUGCACCUUCUUGACAAGAUAGAUGAUAAUGCAUAUGUCAAGGUAAGAAUGAAAAACAAAACAAAAAAAAAAAAAAAGAAUUACAAUAAAAUGAGAUUCGUCGGCAAAGUAUCCCUCUUUUCUCUUCUCGUUACCUUCUUUUUUUAAUUAUUUAUUUUUCUUCCUUCUUUCUUUAUCUUUCUCUUUUCUUAUAAUACUCGAUAACAAAUGUAAAAUGUUUGGACAUUAAUACAUGAAAUAUUUUUACCCGUAAAAACUACCCGUCCUUUUUCCGGUACAUUGCUUGAUCGCUUUCACGGCCACCCUCUACUAUCCGUCGACGAUAAGAUAGCUGCGAGAAGACAAAAGAAUGGACGAAAAACGACUAGUUUGGAAACACGUCGAUUGAACUCGAGAUUUAUCUGAAUAUCGAUUGUUCAGAGUUAUAUCUAUUUCUUCCGUUUUCUUUUUUAAUUCCAUUUUAAAUUAUGGUUCACUUUUAUUAGAAUAAAAAGAAGAAAGAAAACAUAUUGCGAGUCGAUCUCACGAGUAAACAAUUAGAAUAGAUCGUUGAAUCAGCCGUAUGUACGAUUUAUAUAUUUCAUUGAUUUAUCGCGACAUUAUUGCACUUCUCGAUGCGUUAUUUCUUUUUCUUUCUCUUUUUCUUUUUCUUUUUUUUUUUUUUCCCCUAUAAAAAUUAACUCAUCUUUUAUAAUCGUGCAACAGGCAGAUACACACGUGCACCCAAAGAGAAAACCAUAUAACUCAUGGACACGCUCUCGCAGAGAGAAAUUUUUCUUUGUAACUGCCGCUUUAGAUAAAAGUACCCGUCUCGAAGAACUCCGACGGUCGACAUGCAAUGCCUUCUUCUCAAGAUAAAAGAAACGAAACUAUGUUUCUGUCACAAUUAACUGACUUAACAUUUGUAUUCUAUUUAGAUAGGAUGCUAGCAGGCACAUCCUCCGACAAGUUCGUAGGCACAACAAACGUUAGUCACAAACGAUAAUAAUCCACAUCCGUCGAUAAAUAUUUAUUAUCCGUAACGUCGACGAUGAAAAAAGAAAAAAGAAAAAAAAAAAAAAAGAACGAAAGAAAAUGAAAGUAAAAAUUGUCUCGUCACAUCCAAAUUGUAUUUCUAUAAAAUCUCUUAAACGAUCGGGUUAGAUCGUAUAAAUAUCGAAUCAAAUAUUCAACGAAGUUUAUUCGAUUAGGAUUGUGUUAGACGCGUUAUUAUAAAGAGAUAAAACGUGUAAGAAACGAUACGAAUGUUUUUGAUUUGAAUGAAAUAUAGAGUCUAACAAGGUGCAGAUUAUAAAUCAAAUCAUGAUAUAAAAGUCGUAUCGUUGAUUAUCUACGAUACGACAAAUGUUUUAAAAAGAACCAUCGUUAAAAAUUAUAUGAUGUUGGAAAUAUAAAAAAAAGAAAGAGAGAGAGAGAGAAAGAAGUCGCUUUAACCGAUAUAAAGAAUACGAAGUAGGUAGUUUAUAAUUUCUUCGAAUAUUGUAACACGUGUAAUAAACGGAGGAAAAGUACUUUUACUACUUCCGUGAUAUAGAAUGCUUUAUAAUUGUAUCGUGUUCUGCGGGUAUCAAGUCAAUAUUAAUAUUCAUGUCUUGACGUUUUAUUUAUCUAAGAAAAUAUUGCUGUUAUGUAAGAAAAUUUCUUACUGGGAUAUUUUUUUAUUUUUAAUAGAAACAUUAUAAUUUGAAACUUUAACUACGA